AUGUUUCCUAGCUGCAGCUACAGCAGCCCUAGCCACUUCCCCAACCCCACCAUACAACAACACUCCUUACCUCCAGGCCCUCCUCUUGCUGCAGCAGCAGCAGCAGCAACAGCAACAGCAGCAACAGCAGCAACAGCAGCAGUAACCGCAGCAGCAUUACCUGCAGCACCUACAGCAGCAACUGCAGCAGCAGCAGCAACUGCAGCAGCAACAGCAGCACAAACUGCAGAAGCUAUAGGCACGCCCACAUAUAUACGAACGCAGCACCAGCAGCAGCAGCAAACGCAGCAGCAACCACAACAACAAAAGCAGCAACAGCAACUGCAGCAGCAGCAGCAGCAAACUAUCUUCCAUCUUGGCACUCCUACAGCAACAGACGCAACGAGGGGCAGCAACAACGAACUCUCACAAAAAGUAUCUGAUCCUGACGAAGAUCCUAACAGUCCCCUCAAUUGCCUCGACGACUGCCUCGGUUGUUCAACAGAUCUGCAGCAGCAGACCCCUUCGCUAUAUAUAGGCAGCAGCAGCAGCAACAGCAGCAACAGCAGCAGCAGCAGCAACAGCAGCAACACCUUUUGCUGCACUACAGAGGAGGGGAGCGACUGUGGCAGCAGCAACAUCGGCAGCGACCUCAGCAGCAACAGCACGAAUAAGCUAAAUAGGCAUCAGUUGCUGCAGCAGCACAAACAGCAUCAGCAGCAGCAGCAGCAACAAGAGCAUCAGCAGCAGCAGCAGCAACCGUGGCAACGCUUACCAUUGGAUGCACAUGCUGCUGAUGGUCCACAAGGAGUGGGUCAUCUGCAGCAACAGCAGCAGCAACAGCAGCAACAACAGCAGCAUCAAAUUCUGCAUCAGCAGCAGCAACUAUACCCGCAUCUGCAGCAGCAGAAUGGAGUCCUGCAGCAGCAGCAGCAACAGCAGCAGCAACAACAACAGCAGCAAGAUUGCGGUGUUAUAAGUGGUGCAUGCAGUGGUCUUCCAGGACCCUCUUGGGGUUGGGGAGUUUCUGCUGCUGCUGCUGCUGCUCCUGCUGCUGCUCCUGCUGCAGGCAGCCCUGCAGUAACAGCAGCAGCAGCAGGUAAUAAAGUUGGUGCAGCAGAAGCAGCAGGUGGUGAUUCUAAUCAAUCUUUUGUUUUAGUAGAGGACGACGACCAAGAGGAGGAGGACCAACAGCAACAGCAGCAACAGCAGCAACAGCAGCAACAGCAACAGCAGCAGAUGCAGCAGCAGCAGCAGCAGCAGCAACAGGUAGGUAUUGGUUUUGGAGACACACGGCAUGCAAUAAUACUCCGUGAUAAAUACACACCAGGAGACCAGCAGCAGUAUGCUAUGCUGCAGCAACAGCAGCAGCAGCAGCAGCAGCAUAGAUUUUCUCUGCAGCAGCAGCAGCAGCAUAUGGACUAUAAUAUGAUGGCGAACUGUUCUCCUCCUCAGCCUCAUGAAGGAGCAGCAGCAGCAACAGCAGCAACAGCAGCAGGAACACGAUUAACUGCAGCAGGGAAUAUGAAUUGCAUACAACAACAACACCACCAACAACAACAACAACAGCAACAGCAGCAACAGCAGCAGCAACAACAACAGCAGCAACAACCUGGCAGCAGCCCAUGGCAACAACUAUGCGGGAAGUUACAACCUCAACAGCAGCAGCAACAGCUGCAGCAACAGCUGCAUCCCCAUCAUCAUCAACAGCAGCAGCAGCAACAGCAGCAACAGAAUCUAUGGCCUACAGAUAAUACUAAUCGUUGGCCAUCAACAGCAACAGCAGCAACACCACCAACAGCAGCAACAGCAGCAGCAACAGCAGCAACAGCAACAACAACAACAUCAUCUCCAUCAACACAUUGGCCAGGAGAGAACCCAGCAGCAGCACGAGAGGCAGCCUUGGCUUGGCUCAUGCAGCAGCAGCAACAGCAACAGCAGCUGCUGCUGAAGCAGCAGAAACAGGAGCAGCAGGACCACCACCACCACCAGCAGCAGCAGCAGCAGCAGCAGCAGCAUUCAGAUUGCGGCACUUCUAUGUUAGCAGCAGCAGAUAUGGGUAUGGAUAAACAAUCUGCUGCUGCUGCUGUUGCUGCUGCUGCUGCUGCUGCAUUUGAUGAUGGGGAGGACAUUAAGAAGGGUUGCUCAUCCCCCAACAACAGCAGCAACAGCCCAACAGCAGCAGCAGCAGCAACAGCAGCAGCAGCAACAGCAGCAGACAGGUUAGAUGAACAAUUUACUCCUUCUAAGAGGAAAAUUGCUGCUGCUGCUGAUGGGCCUCUGCCCUUCCGAGUUAAGGGGGAGGACGGGGUCAGCAGCAGCAGCAGCAGCAGCAGCAGCAGCAGCAGCAACAGUAACAGUGGUGUCAAUGCUGGUAAAGAUGAUGGCAACUGUGCGCCACAGCAACAGCAACAGCAACUGCAACAGCAGCAGCAGCAAGACGGUGCGGAGCCUGCUGCUGCUGCUGCUGCCGCUGCUGCUGGUUCUCCCGUGUAUCACUUGUGGUCUCCAGAGCAGCAGCAAGAUGGAGGCCCGCAGCAGCUGCUGCUGCAAGAGGAGGAGCAGCAGCAAGAGCACCAGCAACAAAGCAGCAGCGAGCUCCUGCUGCAGCAAACCUCCCAGUGUGGGGCGCAGCAGCAAAGAUUGGUUGUUGCUGCUGCAACAGAACUCUGUGGAUCUCGUUAG